CAGUAUUUACCACUUCGCGAUACCGACAUUAUCUCAAACGCCCUUAACUUCUCCACGUCCGACUGUCAUGUAAUUGGAGGAUGUGAUAUCUACACUACCAAGGCUGCCGGAAGCGACAAGAAGCUCUACAAGAACAUCGAGAACGAUCUCGAGUCGCAAUAUGCUACGCUUGUCCGACUGUCGGCUUCGCUCAGUCCGCCAUAUCGCUCGGCCGAGGCGCCGGAGAUUGAUCUCUCGAGGGACUCACCCUUCGGUAGCCUAAGCCAGAUUACUGCUCGCCGCACCUUCGCCUACUUGAUUGCCACCCUGAAUGCAUCGCACCCGGACUACGAUUUCUCGCACUUCCUGCGGCCCUCAGACUUCCGCAAAGAGCUUAGCCUUAAGAGCGUUAUGCGCGUAGUGGACAGCACGCUGCAGAAUCUGCGCCCGAACAAGCCUGCUUUCUACCUUGCGCCGCCCGUACUGUCGCGCUCCGCACCGGUCAUCGCUAACAGUGUUGGCAACGAGCUGUGGAGUCCGCGUAUGUGGGAGCUGCUUGACAAGGAGAUGGGUUUGCGCGCGUGCGAACGGUACAGCUAUGUACCUGACGAUGAUCCUUUCGAAGGCGAGACAGGCGGCAGUCUAUGGGCUAUGCAUUACUUCUUCUUCAACAAGGAGCGAAAGCGGGUGUGCUACCUUCAUUUGCGAGGUCUGAGUGUGAUCAGUCACUCGCCGGUGCAUGCGCCCGUAAUCACUCGCUCGAAGAAGCUGGGUGUCGAAAGGAAGGUCUCGAGUGUUUCUGUCGGCGACGGCGCGGGCAAGCGCGCUAGUUAUUGGCUUGGAAAUAAGGUGCUGCAAGAUGACAUUGACACUUCCGGCUAUGGCGACGAUGACGAUGACGAGAUGUUGAUUGCUGAGCCGGGUGAC